AUGACGGACCCAAUCAAACCUUCCACGUCACGUGGGAGCACCGUGAUUCACCCAAGACGCGAGCCAUUCGAGUUCGGUCUCUUACCAAUCCCAAAGCUCAUCUUCUCCGACCCCACACAAUCCCUAAUCGCAUUGAAACAGAAGCUUCUGGACUCGUCCUCAAUCAAUCGAGUCGACUCAGCCACAAUCUCCGAUUCUCUCCAGAUCUCCGCCGACCAAGCUAGACUCCUCCUCGAUACCCUCGCCUCCGUUCACCACUCCGAUUCUGAACCUCUUGUAAGGGCUCAGCCUGGACAAAACGACACCGUUGGUGCUGACAUUCACGAUCUGGUUCUGCUCCUUUACAUUCAAUCCUACAAAAGGUUGCUUCCCCGCUCUCAUAAGGACUCAGCCUCUGUUGCUGAUGUUUGGCCUUCUACUUCUGCUUUCGAUGGUUACUUUUCUGCUCUCUCUCCUCUUCAGCUUAUGCGCAGCAAUAGUAGGCGUUUUAUGCCCUCGCAGGCUGAUGAAGAGGCACAUCAGUUAUUGUAUCUACAAAAGCACCUGGCUAACAUUCUAUCACUUCUAGCAGAGCAAGGUGAGAGUCAAGGGGAAGGUGAAGAAUCACAGGUUUUAACUAUGGAUAUAUUUGAGCACAUUGGGUUUCUGGUUCAGUUUGGUGAUAAGGCUGAAGGAAACUGUUUAAGUCAAUCAUCUCCUUUUUUUGCAAAUUCGGAUCCCGACAUGCCCGCCGUUCCCGUUCCUGUUACGCAAGUUCAUGACUGGCUUAUGCAAAAUAUAACUUCUGCUUUGGAACAUAUUUCUGAAAGGACUUCUGCAAAGGAAAAUGGGCCAGCCAGUGGCACUGAUCAAGAUGUUGCUAUGACUGACGCAUGCAGUGUCUCUGUUAAGUUUUCAGCUGGUACCAGGGAUUCGUGUUUCAUUGAAGGGGUCUGUAAAUCGUCUUAUGUGAAGCAUGCAUCUGACAUGAAAUGUUCAUCUGUUAAGGUUCUAAAUUGCCAAGAGUCUACCAUCUAUGUCUUAGCACCUUUGAGAUAUGCCAUUGUCUAUGGAUGCUCAGAUGCCACAAUAGUUCUUGGAGCAGUUGGCAAGGCGGUGAGAGUCGAACACUGUGAACGGGUUCAUGUGAUUGUGGCCACAAAACGUAUUUGUAUUGCCAACUGUCGUGAAUGUGUUUUCUUUUUGGGAGUGAACCAGCAACCUCUUAUAAUUGGUGAUAACCAUAAACUGCAGGUGGCACCGUAUAAUACAUGUUACCCCCAGUUGGAGGAGCAUAUGAGUGAAGUUGGAAUUCUGCCCACAGUGAACAGAUGGGAUGAAACUCUGGCUUUGGGUGUUCUUGAUCCACAUGAUUCAUUAUCUCAUCCAGCUGGUGUAUCUGAUGUUCAAGCUGAGUCUGCUACACGAGUGGACCCUGAUCAGUUCACAAAUUUUGUGAUUCCAAACUGGCUUGCAGGAGAAUCCACUGGAUCUACAAAAAACAACCCAUUUGCAUUACCAGAUUCAUAUGCGGCGUCUCAGCAUAAAAAUAAAAAAAACUUAGGGGAGAUAAGGCGGCUAAUACACGAAGCUUCUCUAGAAGACAAUCGUAAACGAGAAUUGAUGUCUGUGCUUCAUAUGUACUUCAAGGACUGGUUAUAUGCUUCAGGCAAUAUUCGUCAACUUUACUGUCUGCAAUCGGAUUAA